CAUGCAGAGCCUGGGUGAAUUGACCACGUUGUAUCCCAGCGGCGGAGCGUUCACCGGGCUUGCGGAUCGUUUUGUCGACAAGGCUUUUGGUGUUGCGCUGGGUUGGAAUUACUACAUCAUCUGGAUGUGCGUCUUGGCCAAUGAGUACAAUGUGCUAUCGAGCAUUUUUGUCUUCUGGAGUGACAAGGUCCCUUUGUGGGGAUACUUUCUCAUCUUUUGGACGCUUUUCCUCGGGUUCCAACUGCUGGGGGUUGAGGCUUUCGGAGAAGCCGAGUUCUGGCUAGCUUUGCUGAAGCUGAUUGGCCUAGUCGCAUACUUUAUCUUCUCGAUCGUAUACGCUGCCGGAGGAAUCCCCGGACAAGAAGCCCUCGGCUUCAAAUACUGGCGCGAUCCCGGCGCCUUCACAGAUGGCUUCCGCGGCACCGCCAAGGUUUUCGUCUUCUGUUCCACAUUCUACGCCGGCUGUGAAUCCGUCGCCGUCGCCGCCACUGAGACCAAGAACCCGCGCGUUGCAGUUCCACUUGCGAUUCGUCAGGUCUUCUGGCGCAUCAUCUUCAUCUACAUGGGAUCCGCCUUCUUCUUCGGUCUGACAUGCCCGGCCAACGCUGAUGAGCUCGUCAACGGGGGAUCCCGUGCAGUGAAAAGUCCCAUGACGGUGGCUAUUCAGAACGCCGGCUGGGAAGGUGGCGUGCAUUUGAUCAACGCUUUCAUCUUCGUUACGUGUCUGUCGGCGUGCAACUCGUCCAUCUACAUCGGAUCCCGCACUCUCCUGUACAUGGGCCAGGACAAGAAGGCACCCAAGAUCCUGGGGAGAACUGAUAGUCGCGGUGUACCUAUCCCAGCCAUUGUGUUCACCAACUUGUGUGGCGCACUGUCCAUGAUGAACAUUAGCACCGGCGCCAGUAAGGCGUACUCCUACAUCGUGAACCUUAGCGGCGUCUCGACUUUCCUCGUCUGGGGUUCCAUCUCUUUCAUCCAUAUUCGGUUCAGACAAGCGUGGAAGGCCCAAGGGCACGCUGAAAGCUCACUGCCCUUCAUUUCGUUAUGGUACCCAUGGAAUGCCUACUUUGGCUUGGCGGCAAACAUCUUCCUGGCAAUUGUACAGGGUUGGACCACCCUUUCGCCAUUCGACGCUGGGUCAUUCGUCGAUGCUUACAUCUUACUGCCCUUGUUCCCCAUCAUUUGGUCCGGAUACAAGUUCUGGUUCAAGACACACUUCUGGAGAGUGGGCGAGAUUGAUCUGAUAUCCGGUCGCCGACGCGAUCUGGACGAGUCAAGAGAGAUUGAGACCGGAGAACAUGAUUUGGACAGACUACCCAGGUGGAGGCGGUUGCUCAAGAGCUUUUGAAGUCAUCAAUCAGAUGCAUCAUGGACUUCGGUAUCGACCAAGAGAAUAGGCGCUUCGGAAAGAUGGCUGUAUCUAGUUAGGCACGGCCCAUUGCAAGGAACGAUGUGCCCUUUUCUAUGGCAAUCAAGAUCCCGGUGGGAUUAGGAAUGUCGUCAGAACAGGUAUCCCUUCUCGCAUAGCGUACUUGUUUUGGAUCUGCGGGUUGGUUGGUCGAACUUAUGUGAGUCGUUGGAGGCGGAGUCGGUUUUCACCUUUGAAGAGG